AUGCUUGAGAUCAAUCUGCCUGUUGUUGCUAUCGGUCUUGCCAUUGUAGCCUCUCCUGUGGCUCAUUUAAACAUUGGCAUUGAUGAGAGCUCCUUGUAUGCUCACGCUGUUUUUUUGAACAUCUGCUCUGCCUUAAGACUGCAAGCUCAGCAUAUUAAACCCAAGGCAAUAGAGAGAUUGAAGGGAAAGGAAUUUUUGAGGGCCUUAAAGGUGGAAGAGAGGCAUGAGCUGAUGCCAAAGCAGGUUUUUGUCCAUGGGGUAAUAUCUGUCUUGCUUGAAUGCUGGGGCUUGAAUGGCUUUCCAGCUGGUUCUUCUUGGCCAUUCAGAUGGCGUUUAAGCUGGUUUUCAGCUGGAUUUCUUGUUCUCCUUUUCGCCAAUCAGCUGCUGGGGGUUUCUGCUGGCUUUUUACUGUUCACGCCACUGUUCACCUGGAUUCUCAACUGGUUUUCAGCUGGGGGUCACGCUUUUGGUGUCAUUCAGCUGGUGGCUUUUAAUGGUGCUGGUUCAACAUGGUGCUCUUGGGCUGUCACUGAUCAUGCUACUUGGGCUAUUUCAGCUGUUGUUCCAGCUUGGGUUUCUUGGCAGCACCUUUUUGCUGUUGCGGUGGUCUUUCAGCUGUUUGCUUUCUGUUUUGGUCUGGUGUCACUGUUCACGUGCACUGUUAGCUGUUGCUUCUCUUCUCUUGCAGUUUCUCAGCUGGCUUCUGCAUUGUUCACGUUUCUUGGGCAUUUUCUGCUGGUUCAGUUUUGGGAUGUUAUGCACUGUUCAAGUGAACAGUGGCUGCUGCAUAGCUGGUCUCUUUCAGCUGCUCUUGCCAGUUUCCUGCUGGAUUCUGCUGCUGGUCUUCAGCUGGUUUUCAGCUUGUUUUUCAGUUGGUUUUCAGCUGGAUUUCAGCUGGUUUUCAAGGCCUUUUGUGCCCCUCAGCUGGUCCAUGAUUUUUGGGAAUCUAUGUUGUGGCAGAUGUGGGUUCCUAUUGUGUUUGCUGGGCAUCUUUUGCCCUAUGCAGAAUGUUUUUUGUUUUUUAUUUUGAAGGAUUAA